ACGGUAAAAUGUAUUUUCGAAUAAUUCGACCUGUAAUGUGAUUUAUUUUCAUAGCUAGUACGACUCAAUCGCGCACCCCUUGAAAUCAGGUGGUACGUUCCAUAGCUCUCUGUUUCCCCGGAAGAAAGCGGUUUGCUUUUACCACUUGGGAAGUGAUCAACCGUGAAAGUACAUGAUCUACUCGCAUAAAAAGAAAUACAACUCUUGGAAUUCAAGGAUAGUACACAGUGUUCGGACUGGCUGGGGAGGCAGAUCUACAGACAAUAUCACAUACGCUGGACAGAUUUCCCAGCUAGUUAACCCGUGUGGUGACUCUGCGAUGCCUGUGAAGAAGAAGAGGAAGUCUUCAGGGUCAGAUGACCCGGGACUCAGGAAGUGUAAAAUCACCUGUUUCUGCAGACCCCAGGCUCCAGGCCGGUUGAUCAGCCCAGAGGACCAGUUCUCCAAUAAGAAAUGUCUGGCCUGGUUCUACGAGUACACAGGUCCAGAUGAGGUGUUGGGUCCAGAGGGGAUGGAGAAGUUCUGUGAAGACAUUGGUGUGGAACCAGAAAACAUAAUCAUGUUAGUUUUAGCCUGGAAACUAGAAGCACCAAAUAUGGGAUUUUUCACUAAGGAGGAGUGGCUUAAGGGAAUGACUUUACUACAGUGUGACUGCAUAGAGAGGUUACAGGGGAAACUGGACUACCUGCGCAAUCAGCUCAACGACACAAUCAUCUUUAAAAACAUCUACAGAUACGCCUUCGACUUUGCCAGAGAUAAGGACCAGAGGAGUCUGGACAUGGACACAGCUAAGUCCAUGCUAGCAUUGCUACUGGGGAGAACAUGGCCACUGUUCCCUGUCUUCAACCAGUUUCUGGAGCAGUCCAAGUACAAGGUGAUGAAUAAGGACCAGUGGUAUAACGUCUUAGAGUUUAGUCGUACAGUCAGCACAGACCUCAGUAACUAUGACGAGGAUGGAGCCUGGCCAGUGUUAUUGGAUGAGUUUGUGGAGUGCCAGAAAGCUCGGCUGGCAGCACUAUAGGGGAGGACACUUGCCAAACCGCAGAAGAGGAGAAAGAGGGAGCAGGAGAGCGAGAGAGAAGCACACAUGAGGAUGUUCUGCCUCCAUUUGAAAUAUACAGAAACGGCACACACACCUUUCAUGGACUGUGCAAACACACACGCGUACAGUGUCACGGAGCGCACACACACUUCCAGUGAUGGCCUCUGUGCUUCGUGGGACAAACAGUGAAUUUCUCUCUGAAGAGACUUUUUCAGUGUUAAUUUAAACAAGUUCAACAAGAAGAAAAUAACUAAAGAUGAACUAUUUUUCAUAUGUAUUGCAUCUGUGGCCACAGUUCUCUAGCCAGUGUUAAGAUCGACUGGGGAAUUUUUCUGUUUCAUUUAACAUUUUUUUCCAUUCGAGUCUUACCUUGUUUAUAGUAUGUCUUCCGAACAAGAAUAAAGAAUGGAAUUGUACCAAA